AUGGUGUCUCCUCAAGUGACCAACCUGGUCAUCAUCGUCGUGAUGAUGCAGCUGGCGAAGAAGGUUCCCUUUGAGGAUCCUGACGUUCUCAUGCUCGUCCGCGGGAUGUACAUCCUGUCCAACGUCCUCAUCUUGGGACUGUAUCUAUACUCGCAGGCCAAGAUCAACAGCAAGAAGGACUUGACUACGCUGAAGUACGUCGAGCCCGCUCCCAUGGGCAGCAACGAGGAGCCCCGUCCGGUCACGACCACCAACAUGGAGUACGACAAGGGACAGUUGCGCCAGCUGAUUAAGGGCCAACUGAUGGGUGUCGGUAUGAUGGGCGUGAUGCACCUGUACUUCAAGUACACCAACCCUCUCCUGAUCCAGUCGAUCAUUCCUCUCAAGAGCGCCAUCGAGUCCAACCUGGUCAAGAUCCACGUCUUCGGCCGACCCGCCACCGGCGAUCUCCAGCGCCCUUUCAAGGCUGCCAACAGCUUCAUGAGCCAGGGCCAGAUCAAGAGCGACAAGGCCUCCGUCGAGAAUGCGGAGAAGAACUGGCGGGGCGGAGUUAAGGAGGAGUAA